AGGUCCUGAGACACAGCCCGGAGCAAUGCAGCUGAAAACAGUGCUCCUGCUGGCCCUGGUGACCCAGGGGCUGGCGCUGGACAACGGACUCCUCCUGACGCCACCUAUGGGCUGGCUGGCCUGGGAACGCUUCCGCUGCAACAUCGACUGUGAGGAGGACCCGAAAAACUGCAUCAGUGAGUGGCUCUUCAUGGAGAUGGCUGACCGACUGGCACAGGAUGGGUGGCGGGACCGGGGCUACACGUACCUCAACAUUGACGACUGCUGGAUUGGCGGACGCGACGACGAGGGCAACCUGGUGCCGGAUGCCAAGCGCUUCCCCCACGGCAUUGCCUACCUGGCUGACUAUGUUCACUCCCUGGGCCUGAAGCUGGGCAUCUAUGAGGACUUGGGCAACUACACCUGCAUGGGUUACCCAGGCACCACGCUGGACAGGGUGGUCCAGGACGCACGCACCUUUGCCAGGUGGAAAGUGGACAUGCUGAAGCUGGAUGGCUGUUUCUCCACCCCCCUGGAGCGGGCCCACGGGUACCCCAAGAUGGCCGCUGCCCUGAACGCCACAGGCCACCCCAUUGCCUUCUCCUGCAGCUGGCCAGCUUAUGAGGGGGGCCUCCCUCCCCAGGUGAACUACACCCUGCUGGCCGAGGUCUGCAACCUCUGGCGUAACUAUGAUGACAUCCAGGACUCCUGGAGGAGCGUGCUGUCCGUCCUGGACUGGUUCGUGGAGCACCAGGACCUACUGCAGCCAGUGGCUGGCCCUGGGCACUGGAACGAUCCAGACAUGCUACUCAUUGGGAACUUUGGCCUCAGCUUUGAGGAAGCCCAGUCUCAGAUGGCCCUGUGGACGGUGCUGGCGGCACCCCUGUUCAUGUCCACGGACCUGCGGACCAUCUCACCCAGGGACAUGGACAUCCUGCAGAAUCCGCUCAUGAUCAAAAUCCACCAGGACCCCUUAGGCAUCCAGGGGCGCAGGAUUCUCAAGGAAAAAUCCCACAUUGAGGUGUACAUGAGACCACUGUCCAGCGGGGCCAGCGCACUGGUCUUCUUCAGCCGCAGGACGGACAUGCCUUACCGCUACCAGUCCUCCCUCGCCAGGCUGAACUUCACCAGCUCCCUCGUGUACGAGGCCCAGAACGUCUACACGGGUGACAUCAUCAGUGGCCUUCGUGAUGAAACCAACUUUACGGUGGUCGUCAACCCCUCAGGGGUGGUGAUGUGGUACCUGUAUCCCACCAAGGACCUUGAGACGCCCUGGCAGUGA